ACUCAUUCUUACAUACACACUCACACACACACACACACACUUUCCUGGCUGAAGCCAGCAGAGAGACAGAGAGACAAGAAGCCGGCUGUCGUUGGCUCAGUGCGGGGUCUCACUCUCUCUCCGUGAUCUGCUCUGGCCUCAUCACUCCAUGGGACUCCAGAUCUGGCCUCCAAGCCAACCAGAACUGUCCUCCAUGGCCUGCCUAGAUGUGGAGAGCCCCUCCAUCUGCAGGGGCAAAUUCAAAUCAGUUCUUCAGCACUGUCUGCAGCAGAGGAGAACUCGAGAGCAGCUUGUGGAGCAAGGCAUCAUGCCUCCUCUGAAAACACCUGCUGCCUUCCACAAGCAGAUCCGUAGCCUGGAGAGAGCCAGGACUGGAAACUUCUUGAAGCACAAACUCUGCAGCAGACCAGAACGUUCUGAACUGGUCCGUAUGCAUAUCCUGGAAGAAACACAAGCAGAGCCCUCCCUGCAAGCUACACAGAUGAAGCUGAAGAGGGCCAGGCUGGCUAGUGAUCUCAACGAGAAGAUCUCGCACAGACCUGGACCCAUGGAGCUGGUGGAGAAGAAAAUCCUGCCUGUUGUCUCGGGGGUCGAGGAGCUCAUUGAAGGUGGUGAGGCUGACGACUCAGAGGCGCCACAUGUCCCAGAUGUGUACAGCUUUGAUGAGGACAGCAGUGACGCAUCAGUCCCCCAACUGUCCAACAGCCAGCUGUCCCCAUGCUCCACCCUGUCCUCCCCGAAAGACUCUGGAUGGACCGACUGUUCUUCCUCUAACUCCAACACCCCCACACAGCUCUCUCCAGCUCUCAGCACCCAGUCUACGUCAGACGUAGGCGACUUUGUCUCUGCUGUCGAGCUUCAGAGUAACCAGUCGACGCGUCCGCCUCCUGCUGCGGUUGUCCCCACCGCCUCGUCUGGGCCGGUUCUCGUGAAACAAAGCUUGGCAAAGCUGCCUGCUGACAAAAGCCGCAGCAAGAAGAGCAAAGAGCCCAAACCGCGGCUGAAAAAGCUGAAGUAUCAUCAGUACAUUCCCCCCGACCAGAAGCAGGAGCUCAGCGAUGUGCCGAUGGACUCCUCCUACGCUCGUCUCCUGCAUCAGCAGCAGCAGUUCCUCCACCUCCAGAUCCUCAGCCAGCAGCAGCAGCAGUACAGCCACCAUCCUGUCCUACCAGUUGCACUGAGCAUAUCCACAACUGAGUUACAAAGCAGCUGUCCAGCUGUUGUUUUCAGUGGAAACACAUCCUCCUCCCCAGUGCAGCUCCACCAUGCUGAUAAAAACCACAAGCCAGAUCACUUACCAGCUAACUUGGAUGAGAUGAAGGUUGCUGAGCUGAAAAUGCAGCUAAAGCUCAGAUCUUUGCCUGUUUCUGGAACUAAAACUGACCUAAUAGAGAGGCUGAAGACAUUUCAGGAGAGCUCCAACAUCCACUAUGCUGUUGGCAAGGAGACAGGAGACAUGGCAGCAGCUUUACAUUCUGAAAACAUCACGUUAUCACCACCAGUGUCCCUCAUAGCUUCCAAAGUGUCCAAACUGGGAAUAGAGGACAGCAACAAGACAGACACUUCAGCAAAGCUGGUUUCAGACAUUCCAACUCAUGCUGUCCACUGCAUGGAGUCCCCAGAUAGACACAGAGCAUGUCCCACUGACACAAAAUCCAGUGAGAAGGACUCUGACAAGGACAAACGUCUGCAUGAGAAGGAGCGUCAGAUAGAGGAGCUGAUGAAGCAGCUGGAGCAGGAGCAGAGGCUAGUUGAGGAGCUUAAGAUGCAGCUGGAGGAGGAGAAAAGAAGCCAGCAAAACGAUUCUCCACCUCAGAUCCAUCCCUUGGUGCCGAUCCAGGUGAAAAUGGAAACCAGGAUCCCAUCGAGCUGCUCAGCAUCCUGCAGCUCUCCUGGUCUGCCGGCGCUGAUUAAACAAGAGGAGUCUGCAGAUCAUAACCAUGCAACCGCUCCACCGGUCAUCAGACAGGCUACGACUCUGCAGUCUGUGGGGGCCGGAGCUCAGAUCCUUCAGCCCACAUCUCUUUCUGCCUCCGCAGCCUCUGUCGAGUUCCCCGCCAAAAGCAUUGAAUUGCACUCUAUUGUUAGCAGCGCAGCUCCAGGCCCCGACCAGACCUCUGGACAGGUGCCACAGAAAACAGCCAUCUCUGCAGCGGUACAGCAACAGAUCAGCACUCAGAAUCAGCUACUAGGAAAGACAUGGAUGGAUAUCAAGGUACCAAACCAAGCCAGUGUGUUCCCUGUGGUUGGAUGUGUCCAAACUGUCCCAAACAUCUCCAAAGAAAAGUCGCCCUGUUCCAGCCAACACCCUGUGAGGUCACAGCAGUUAAAAUUCACCAACCAUGCAUCCAAGGGUAAAGACCCACCACGCUAUGAGGAAGCAGUUAGACAGACAUGCCGAGCGUUGUCAGCAGCUCAGGGUCCCACUGCAGCCAGUCAGCAGAUGGAUGACCUGUUUGAUGUGCUGAUCGAGAGCGGCGAGAUGUCUCCUUUCAGCAGACAGAAUCCUCCCUGCCUGGAAAAGCUUCUCCCAGUGACCGCCAGUGUAACCACCCUUCCCAUCAACACCGUUUUGUCUCGCCCUCCACCUUUGGUGCAGGUGGCUCAGCUGCCUGCUGCCCCACCGGACCUGGAGGCUCUGACUUCUAGACACGAGCUGGAAACCCUUCUGGAUGCCACACUGUUUCCCAACACUAAGGGACAGAAAUUGAAGUUUUUAGAGGAGUUGAAUUCACCUUUGGUCACCAUGGAGGUGAACUCUAGUGAAAACAUGCCACCAGCGGGUCUGAGCUUCCACAACACCACUGUGGACAGCAUGGAUUGGCUGGAUCUGACCCUGUCAGUGCCAGCAGAAGAAGGAGGAGUUAACCCUUUGGACAUAUCAGUGCCAGAGGGUGUUUUCUCCGCCGACUUCCUGGACUCUCAUGAACUGCAAUUAAACUGGGACUGAGAGUUUUUCAUCAGCCCGUUUCAUUCCAAAUUCAGUUUUAAUGCACAUGGAGGAUUGCGUUUGCUUUUUAUGAGUCAAUGAGAACAGCUGAACUCUGAAAAAAGUGCCCGUGAAACCUCUAAAAACCAAAUGGUACGGAUUCUAGUGGGUGAAAGAAUCAUCAAAGUUCUGCUCCUGAGAUUUAUUUGUUAAUCCUUUCCAGGUAUAAACAGAGGCCCUGCAGGCCCACAGGCAGGGCAAGCAAUUGCUUGGGGGUCCUUAGGCCACAAAGGGACCAGAGGAACCAGAGGGCUGAAAAACUUUGAGUGAGAACCUCUACGCCGGUGAGACCGAUUGCUCAGCCAGAGACCGGCACACACUUCCUCGUCCAAUGCCCUUGCCCCAGCUCCAAUGGAGAAACAUCUGCAUACUUCCUAGACUGCACCAGGCAGCAGGUGUCUUCGAUUGGGGCCCCAUGACAACCUUUACAGCCUCUAGGCAUAAAUCAGAUGCUUUAUUGCAGCACAAAUGAGUCGCAGCAGCACUGAAUAAAACAACCCCUCAUUUGUUAAGAAUAAUCAUCUGUGAACAUGUUUCCAUCGUGUAUUUUAUAUUAAAGGUGUGGUUCACAGAAAAAAUGCAUUUUUAAAAGAUUAUUUCUGAUUGAAAUCAAUCACUCUGUGUUUUUCAUCUACAGCUAUCUCCUGCAUUAGCUUCUGAUAGAAAAUAGAUGGUGAAACUCCCCCAUCUUGACACAUGACGAGGAAGGUCGUUGUACAUUCAGUGUCCAGAAAACAGCAGAUAAUGCCUAGUAGAAGCUAACUGUUAGCAUUAGCAACUCCACCACAUGGCAAAACUCCUCCAGGCUUGUGUUGUGUUGCUAAGUAAACAGGGUCAGUUGCAGAGUCGCAUUUCUGUUACCCAAUCAGAGGUGAGAUGUCCAAAUAUCCAGUCAUUUAGUAGUUCGAUACGCUCCAGAACGCAAUGCCUGCAAUUCUAAAUUCUACUUCUCAGCGUACUGGGACUUUUUUCUAGGGUACGGAGAGAAACAGUGGUUUUUCCACUCAUGAAUUAGUCUAAUUCUCUGAGAUUUCUGAAAUCGUAUCUGUCCGUCCUCUGGCACCACUCCACCUACAACCCAAAAGACGUGCCCCAAGAGAAGCUUUGUUUUGAGCAAGAGGACGCGUUCUCUCCAAAUGCACCAAGGACGCACUUCACUGCCCUGACAAGCGCGGCGCACGCAGUUCUACCAUCAGCAGGCAAGAGGAGAGAAACAAAGACAAUAUUCGACAUAGUUCAUUUUUGUUCACAUCAUUACAUAAAAAAGAUCAACAGAAGGAACAACCACAGCAACAUUAUUGUUGUCUUCUAGUGACACCUGCUGGAUGCAUCUGAAUUUAAUCAGUCUCAAUUAAAACUUUACUGUUCUUUUUAAAAAACGCUUCUAUUUUCUAAUUUAAAGAGCUGAGUCUGCUCUGGGCACUAUCUUGUGUUUUUCAACAUAGAAGUCGGUGUAGUGUCUUUUUGUUUCUGGAUGAACUGUGGUUAUGGCUGCCGGUGAAGGGUCUCAGCCAUCCACUCAGUAAUCCUAGUAGGUUCAUUCUGGACUGCUUUGUCAACGGUAAAAUGUGGUUUUGUGUUGGAACGAGAAAGGACUUCGCUUUGAUAUUCUAACAUUUCUGUACCAAAGAUAUCAUACGGCGUCAUUUGCAUGUUAUUUACACAUGAUUUAGUUAUGUAACUUUAUACAAAGUAACAGCUGUUAUGUAAUUUCAGAAAUUUGCCGACAGCCUCCGCUGCACAUUCUUGUCAAUAAAAAAUAGAAAAUCAGUCAUCUCUUAGUUCUGUUGAACAACCAGCUCAAUACAUUCAUAAAGCUUAAAAAAAGUCUAAAUCUGUACAGAGUUCCAACAAGAUUAAAAUUCAUCACGUUGAUUGUGUGUCACAUAGGUUUAAACAUGCGUGACACGGCGCUGCCAAAAAGGGUCCGUUUUCUAACUGAUCUCUCUUGUUUUUGCUUUAAGUCACACGCAAAUGUUUCAGAGCUGCAAAGAAAUUUCUGGUUGGACCAAAGAUAAGCUGUGCAAAUGCAAAAGGCAGUUUUAAAUGAUGACUUUCAUUUAUGAGGGGGCGGAAUGUCUCCAAGCCAACCUGGCUCUACAUAUAAAACAAAAUGCCUUCUUGGUUAUCAGGAAUUAACCAUGACUAGUAAAUGGAUUCAAUAAUCAGAUUAUUUGGAAAGUUUUCACACCCAGGCCUGAUUACGACAAAACUCUUAGAAUUAAGAAACCACUUCACUAGAACUUGAAGAAGGCUAAAAGAUCUAAAAACAGAACACAUAUAAGCUCUUGUAGCGGUCACACUUUAAAGUGUGACGACUGUAAAUUAAUUAUGACCAAUAAGAUGUGAUUAUUCCACAUAAAUAUGAAAUAUCAACCUGAUUGAUUUUCGAAUGUGUAAUCAGAGGAUUAUAGUUACUU